AUGGAUACCAUGAAGUCCUUCAAGGGUUACGGCAAGGUGGACGAAGCAGAGGAGCGGGCCUUCCGCCAGAAGACGCGCCGCCGCCUCUUCAUCGUGGGAAUCUCCUCGAUCCUCCUCGUCGGGAUCAUCAUCGGCGCCGUCGCGGGGGUUCUGAUCCGCAACCGCAAGUCCGGCGGCGGCGGCUCCGACGCCGACAAGCUGCCGCCGACGGAAUCCCCCGCCGCGUCGCUCAAGGCGGUCUGCAGCGUGACGCAGUACCCUUCCUCCUGCUACUCCAGCAUCACGGCGCUCGAGGGCGGGUCCAACUCCUCCGACCCGGAGGUCCUCUUCCGCCUCUCACUCCGAGCCGCAAUGGCCGAGCUCUCCAAGCUGAAAGACUUCCCCGCCGCGAUCCAGCUCCCUUCCGACAUCGCCAACGACACCAUGCUCCGCCAGGCCAUCAACGUCUGCGCCGCCGUGUUCGAGGACAGCGUCGACCGCCUCAACGAUUCGAUUGCUUCGAUUACUGCCCAGCCCGCGGGGGAGGGGAAGCAGCAGCAGGUGCUGUCGCGGGAGCGGGUCGACGACUUGAAGACGUGGCUGAGCGCGGCGGUUACAGAUCUGGACACUUGCCUGGACGCGGUGCAGCUGAACGAGACGGAGCACCCGGGUUCGGGGGCGAUCCUCGAGCAAUUGAACUCGGCGAUGGAGAAUUCGACGGAAUUGGCCAGCAACAGCCUGGCAAUCGUGACUAAGGUCCUAGGGUUGCUCUCCGAUUUCAACAUCCCGAUCCACAAGCGGCGGAGGCUGUUGACGGACGAAUCGGAUUCGGGAUUCCCGCGGUGGGUGAGCGACGGGGACAGGAGGCUGCUGCAGCAGGUCGGCGGAGCGGGAGGUGUGCGGCCGAAUGUGACGGUGGCGCAGGACGGGAGCGGGAAUUUCACGACGAUUGCGAAGGCGGUGGAAGGGAUACCGAAGAAGAGUCUGUGGAAGUACAUUAUCUACAUUAAACAAGGUACCUACAAGGAGAAUGUGAUCUUGGACAAGCACCGGUGGAAUGUUCUAGUUUACGGCGACGGCAAGGACAAGACCAUCGUCUCCGGCAGCCUCAAUUUCGUGGAUGGCACCCCUACCUUCGAUACUGCCACUUUCGCCGUUCAAGGGAAGAAUUUCAUGGCCAGAGACAUGAAGUUCAUCAACACGGCAGGUCCCGAGAAGCACCAAGCAGUAGCCUUCCGAUCAGGAGCCGACAUGUCGGUCUACUACCGGUGCUCGUUCGACGCCUACCAGGACACCCUCUACCCGCACUCCAACCGCCAGUUCUACCGCGACUGCGACAUCACGGGCACCAUCGACUUCAUCUUCGGCAACGCAGCGGUGGUGUUCCAAGGCUGCAAGAUCCAGCCGAGGCAGCCAAUGUCCAACCAGUUCAACACGAUCACGGCGCAGGGGAAGAAGGAUCCCAACCAGAACACGGGGAUCUCGAUUCAGAAAUGCGACUUCACUCCGCUGAGCGCCAAUCUCACGGCCCGUACGUACCUGGGCCGGCCCUGGAAGGACUUCUCCACCACCGUGAUCAUGCAGUCGUCGAUCGGAGGCUUCCUUAACCAGUUGGGCUGGCUGCCGUGGGUCUCUGGCGUGGAGCCGCCCAACACCAUUUUCUAUGCGGAGUAUCAGAACACCGGGCCGGGGUCCAGCGUGGCCGGGAGGGUGAAAUGGGCUGGCUACAAGCCGGCGCUGACCAAGGAUGAAGCAGCAAGGUUCACGGUGGGAUCGUUUAUCCAGGGCGGUGCGUGGCUGCCGGCUACAGCAGUGGCGUUCGAUUCCGCGUUGUGA